CUAGGGUUUUCUCAAUGGCCGUAUAUAUGAAAUUUUAGUGGCCAUUGAACGCAGAAGGAACGGAGUGACUGGAAUUGCCGAAGCGGGCGCAGAGAAAGAAUAAGGUAAGCCAUGAAGCACAACAAUGUUAUCCCUAGUGGGCACUUCAGGAAGCAUUGGCAAAAUUAUGUUAGAACUUGGUUCAACCAACCUGCUCGGAAAACAAGGAGAAGGAAUGCUCGUCAGGAAAAGGCUGUGAAAACUUUCCCUCGGCCUACUGCUGGACCACUUCGACCUAUUGUUCAUGGACAGACAUUGAAGUAUAACAUGAAAGUCAGGGCUGGCAGAGGCUUCUCUUUGGAAGAAUUGAAGGCAGCUGGCAUUCCAAAGAAGUACGCACCAACAAUUGGCAUUGCAGUCGAUCAUCGACGCAGAAACCGAUCCUUGGAGAGUCUUCAAGCCAAUGUGCAGAGGCUGAAGACUUACAAGGCCAAGGUGGUCGUUUUCCCACGACGUGCUCGCAAGUUCAAGGCUGGUGAUUCUACUCCUGAGGAACUAGCAACUGCCACCCAGGUCCAGGGCUCUUACAUGCCUAUUGGACUAGAGAAGGCACCAGUUGAGCUUGUGAAGGUAACAGAAGAAAUGAAAUCUUUUAAGGCCUAUGACAAGCUUCGUGUUGAGCGAACGAAUGCUCGUCAUGUUGGUGCUCGGUUGAAGAGGGCUGCCGAGGCAGAGAAGGAAGAGAAGAAGUAAAUGGUUCAAAAGUUUUAACUGUGCGCCCAUAUGUUUUGAAUGAAAAUUCAAGUUUGCUAGUGUACGGCGUGUUGAAAUUUGGUACCUUUUUCCCUGACUUAUAUGUUCAAACCUGUUCAAUUUUGAAAUGAUUAGAGAUUUUUUCUAUGAUGCA